CAUGAUGGUGUGUGAGCACCUUGAAUGAAUGGCGAUACCGAGAAGAGACCGGUGGAGAGGGGCCCAGAGGAGACCAUCUUGCGUGCGCUGCACAGUACUCUGCGAGCUCUGAGAUCGGAUCGGAAGCGAGUUUCCGAGGCCAGGGAAUGAGCUUUGAGGACAUUUUUGUGGUGCAUGCGGUGAAAAAUGCCUGAGGGCAGGUGAUCUUGGAGGCACAAUGGCGAGGCUGAGCAUGUGUGUGCAGUGUUCGUGUUGUUAGUCUCUUUUCUCCUUGUAGCUGAGAUCAGCAACCAUGGCCCCAGUUGCGGAGACCGAUUUUCCAUCUCCACUCCAGCUGCCGUUAAGCCACAAGUCCGUGGCGUCUCUAUUCCAGGACGAUAGCUCGGGGCCUUUGUGGUUUAAGAAAGAUGCGUUCCUCUCUGGUUCUUUUGAUGCGGAGGCUUACAUCUCAGAUCUGCGACGCUUUGUGCCCUUCGAAACCCUAAGGGCCGAGCUUCGUGAUCAUUUGGGAGGGUUGAAAAGCGAGCUGGUGGAGCUUAUUAAUAGGGAUUAUGCUGAUUUUGUAAACUUGACUACGAAGCUUGUGGACGUCGAUGGCGCCGUGCUACGUAUGCGUAUGCCCUUGAACGAGCUCCGGGGGAAGCUUGUCGUGGUGAGGGAUAAUGUGAACAGCACGCUGCUUUUAUUGCAAGACGGGUUGAAGAGACGGGCGGAUGCGUCCGCUUCAAGAGAAAUGCUGGAUUUGCUAUUGGACACUUCUCAUGUUGUCUCCAAGGUUGAGAAGCUUCUACUGGAGUUGCAAAGUAUGCCUGAAGAAGGGCCGCAGGUGCCUCCAGCUGAAAGGAACGACGGAUUUAGGAGAGUAUACAGCAACAGCAACUUAGGAGAAGAGCAGGGUGCCAGUCCGGAGGAAGCACGGAGUCGAUUACUGGAAAGAAUAGCUAGCGAAAUGAAUCGAUUGAAGUUCUAUGUUGCGCGUGCUGAGGACUUGCCAUUCAUUCAAAAUAUGCAACCUCGCAUAGGGAGCGCAGAUGCGUUUUUGGAUGCUAGUUUAAGGCGCUGUUUUGUGAGGGGUCUUGAACUUCGGAAUGAAACUGUGAUUAUUCACUGUUUACGUGCAUACGCUGCAAUAGACAACAGUGCUGGAGCUGAGGAGGCAUUUCGAUCUGCUGUUGUGGCGCCAUUUGUACAGAAAGCUCUUCUCUCACCGCCAACGGGAGUUGCAGUGGCUCCAAGAAGUGAUAGGUUUGAAGAGUUUUUGGAAGAAAUUAAGGCCUACAUUCAAACUGAUUGCCUGUUUCUUCUUGACAAGGCUGCGGCAGCGAAUUCCGGUCUUCUAGUAUUCGACUUUUUGAGCAGUUCAAUUUUGAAGGAGGUACUUUCGGCUCUACAAACUGGAAAGCCGGGUGUUUUUUCCCCAGGAAAACCUAAAGAGUUUUUGGUGAACUACAAGUCCAGUCUGAAAUUUUUAAGUUUUCUAGAAGGGUACUGUCGUUCAAAAAAUGCAGUAGGUGCUUUUCGUACAUCGGUUGCAUACACGGAUUUCCUCAAGCAAUGGAACCUACAAAUAUAUUUUACUUUGAGAUUCCAAGAAAUUGCGCAGUCUCUAGAUAGCGCCCUUGCCGGACCUCCCGCAGCAGUAAAAUCUCCGGAUAUAGCUGAGGAGAGCAAGGUUGGAUUGGCUGUAAGCUCUAGUGUCUCGCUUUGGGAGUGCCUGCAACGCUGUUGGCAAGAUGAUGUGUACAUUGAUGCCAUCUCUGAUAAAUUUCUGCGUCUUACACUCCAACUUCUGUCAAGAUAUGCGACGUGGUUAUCAGCUGGUUUGGCUGCUCGCAAAGCUGGCGAUGCGACUAACUAUCCAGGAGGCGAGUGGUCGUUAGCCUCUGCUCCUGAAGACUUUGCCCUUCUAAGACACGAUGUAGAGCUUCUGGUUCGUAUGGUGAAGAGUUCACAUGUUGAUAAAGUAUUAGCUCUUCUUAAUGGUAGCCCGGAUAAUGUUGUGGUGGUAGUGCGUGAAAGCCUGAAUCUGGGGCUUCGAUCUUUGUCGACUAUGGUACCUGCUCUGUCUGAUGUUCUCACGGAUGCUUUGACCGAUAAAUGUGUAGAGGUUCUCAAGCAAGCUAAAGGUAUCGUCGCAACAUACCGCAUGACAAAUCGGCCACUCCCCAGUCGCCACUCACCCUAUGUUUCGAGUGUCUUCCAGCCACUUAAGGCAUUUUUGGAAGAUGAAAGAUAUGCCCAUGUAAUGAAAGAGAUGCAAGCAGAAUUACUUGCUUUGGUGUCAGAAAAAAUAACAUCUCAAUAUGACGUUUUGGCACGAGACAUGGUUUCAAUGGCUAGACAAACGGAAGCCUCAUUGCUGCUUUUGAGGCGAGGUGCACGGCAAAGAGGUGCUGGAGCUGCUGACACUAAUGACAACGUCUCUGAUAACCUUUCUGAUAAGAUCUGUGCUCAGUUGUUCUUAGACGUUCAGGAAUAUGGUCGCCGUUUAGCAGCAUUGGGAGUCAAAGCAACGGACAUACCAGCCUACAUCUCCUUGUGGCAAUGCGUUGCUCCUCAGGAUAGGCAAGACGUUGUCCAAUUCUAGCCCAUCUUUGAUCACUAGUAGAAAUUGUAGGCUAUUUACCUUAAAAUAACCGGGCACAUGUUACCAUACUGUGUGGGUUGGGUCAUUAAUGCGAAGGACUCUCAAAUUAUGCUUUUUAUUCAGAUAGUUAUUUCCCAGUA